CCCACAGAAUGCCUGCUAGGCUGAGGUGGCCCUAGACUCGUCCGUUUGGGGUGCAUUUCGACGCCCCGUCCGUGCCAGGGGGGAGCUCGAGUAUGACGAUAACACAGAGGAAAUUAACAAGCGCCAGUCUGCCAGGUUCCUGCGUUCUCGGCCGCCCUUUGACGGCAUCAGGCCCUCGUUCUGAUGUGAUAUGUUACAGACGCCGUGCACGAGACGGCCAUAUGACAGCAUCGACGGGCCCGCCAUCGCGCUUAUUGCAAUCGAUCACGAUAUCCCUGUUCCAAGUUUGCUCAUGCAGUCGGACAUCCAGAGCUACGUCCAACCCAACCUCGCACCCACCCUCGACUCGACCUGUCAAUCGCGGGUCGACAGGGUCAGGAUCCGUCUCCCUAUUGGCACGCACGACAUUGCACCCUAAUUGCCUACCCACGCAUAUGCUACCUCUUUAUCUCUCCGGGGUAGAGCUCCCCGAAGAGGUAGUAGCAACGGGGCCAGAGAAGUAAAUAUUGAGAGAGCUUACGGCACAGCUAAGCACGAGCUUGGAGAGCUGCCGGCCUAUCAGUGGAGUCCGGCGCGUGAUAUGCUCGGGAUGCUGCCGUGCCAUUCGUUUCGUACAGCUGUAUAUAGCACGAUCCCCGCCUGCUUCUUUGCAGCCCAAUG